UGUCACAUAUAAAGGAACCCCAUGUCCUAAGUCUCUCCACUCACUUCAACAACCACUACCGGCACAAUGGCUGUCCAUAUGCGAAAGCAACCCGGGCAGCUCACCGUUGUCAUCAAACUCGGUACCUCUUCCAUAGUCGAUGAGAAGACGCACCAACCGCUCCUUUCUAUCCUCUCCCUUAUCGUCGAAACAGCAUGCAACCUUCGUGCCGCCGGCCACCGCGUGGUCAUCGUCUCCUCCGGCGCAAUCGGCGUUGGCUUACGACGUAUGAACCUACCUCGCCGGCCGAAACACUUGCCCAAAGUUCAAGCGUUAGCUGCAAUUGGGCAGUGCCGCUUAAUAUCGCUAUGGGACCAGCUCUUUGGCAAUCUGGAGCAGCCAAUUGCGCAAGUGCUCUUGACAAGAAACGACAUUGCGGACCGCACACAGUACCAGAAUGCACAGAACACAUUCAUUGAGUUGCUCAGUAUGGGUGUUAUUCCCAUUGUGAAUGAGAACGAUACGCUGGCUGUGACGGAAAUCAAAUUCGGUGAUAAUGACACGCUAAGUGCCAUCACCGCCGGCAUGGUUCAGGCAGACUACCUCUUCCUCAUGACCGAUGUCGACUGCUUGUACGACAAGAAUCCGAGGACGAACCCGGAUGCGAAAUCGAUUAGUGUGGUGGAGGAUAUCGCCGAGUUGGCAGCGGAUGUUAGUUCGGCGGGGAGUGCCUUGGGGACGGGUGGGAUGAGCACCAAGAUUGUAGCCGCGAGGUUGGCGACAAGUGCAGGUGUUACAACUAUCAUCACAAAGAGUAGUAAGCCAGGGAACAUUUCGGCCAUCAUUGCGCAUGCAGAGGGACAGAGAGAAACGAAGCUAUCAAGCCGUAAUUCGGUCACAAAUUUCCUCGAAGAUAAUGGCGUGUCGCUAUCACAAGCAGCAGUGCUCAACCUCCAUAACACGAACCACGAAUUGUCCGCCUCAACAGGAUCACUUCAAGAAACUCAACUAGCAAGGACGCCAUCUCCACAAACAGAUCAGCCUGUCCCACUUCACACCCGCUUCCUACCCAUUUCCAACCCCAUCCGCGACCGCUACUUCUGGAUCCUACACGGCCUUGCCCCUCAUGGAACAAUAUACAUCGACCACGGGGCUUGGACCGCACUCAGCGACAAAGCAGGUCUACUCCCAGUGGGUAUCGUAGAUGUAGACGGCCAUUUCGCUCAGCAAGAAGCUGUCCGCAUUGUCGUAGUCAAAAGGCUCCCUCGCUCCUCCCAGAGAGUAUCAAUAUCAGCAACAAAUGAUCAACCGCUACCGCAGCCUACCACGCCCAGCGCGGCAGCGCACGCGGUUCAUGCGCCUAUUCCCAUACGUCAUCCGAUACAGCAUUCAGCGUCGACAAGCCAGAUUCUCCAGCCACCGCAGUAUGAACUACACAAUCCUGCGCCCUUCGAGAUUGGAAGGGCAGUGGUGAACUAUUCGGCGACGGAAAUCAGGAGGAUCAAAGGCCUGCACUCUACGCAGAUCCAUGAAGCAUUAGGGUAUGCGGAUAGUGAGUAUGUAGCGCUGAGGGAGAAUAUUGCUUUCUUCGGCAGUGAGAGGAGUAGGCCGACUACGCCAAACUUUGGGAAGAGUAGUACGAGCGUGAAUGGCACCGAGGGUAUUGAGUUGCAUUGAGUCUUCGCUCUAUCUAGUUGAUAUAGAUGCAUUCGGUCUUGGGAAAUGGGUGCAUUAUGGCGUAUAAAUGGCGUUUCAGGGAGCCUACUCUAGAGUUACGUUAGAUGCUUGGACAACCACAUUGCAUGAUGAAUCUUCAUUCCAAAGACGUUUGAUGAAUAGUUCCGUCACGUAUUUUACUCUAUUCAAU